AUAUUAAGAAUGGAGUUCCAUCCAAGUAAAGAAAUGAAGAGAUUACAAAAGAGAUUGUUUAAUAAUGGAGACUCAACAUCACCAACUAGAAUUAGUAUUUGGAGACCGGUAGUGGAUAUAAAGGAGAAUGAAACAUCUAUUGUGAUAAUAUUCGAAUUGCCAGGAUUGACCAAGGAGAAUGUGUCAAUCGAUGUUUCAAAGGAUGCCUCUACAAUCAUUAUCAGUGGGGAGAAGAAGUAUCAGAAGAAGGACGAGACAGAGCGUUGCCACCGAAUGGAGUCGUCUUAUGGGAAGUUCAUCAGAUCGUACCGUCUGCCGCCUGGCACCGACACCUCCAAGGUCAAAGCAUCGAUGAAUGACGGAGUGCUCGAGAUCAACAUUGAGAAGGUCAAGUUGGAGAAGGUCAAGAUACCCAUCCAGUCCAAGCUCUAA